UCACGCGUAUACACGCCACUGCAGAAACUGCGUUGAAUAUGACAAGGAUGUCCAGAAGUUCCUUAUAUAUCCUGGCACUAUGGUGGACGUGUUCGGUGGAUUCAACAAGCGUCAUUCAGGAGUGUAGUAAUUAUCACUAUACUCAGGCGUCCACGCUUGAUAAUCAGCUCUUCUUCCACAGGCUGUUGUGGGAGAAGAACUCUACGAAGAAACUUGAAUGUGCCACCUUCUGUUUCCAAGAGAAAACCUGUGUUAGUUUUCAAGUGAACACAGAAGAAUCUGUCUGUCGAGGGUACGCCGUCACCUUCAACCCCACCUCUACGAGUGACUCAGCUCCAGGAUAUGUUCUGUACGAGUCAAAGAAAGCGGUAGGAUUUAUUGGAUCUUCAUGUCAGAACAACUCGGAGUGCACCGUGCCAGACUCUGUCUGUGUCAACUCGGAGUGCAUGUGUGACCCAGGGCUGUCCUUCUCACCACUGUCAGCGACCUGCAAUGCCACUUGCACCUCGUACGGUCCUCAUUACACUGCAGUACACGGCUACCACAUCGGUCACAACAACAUGGCUACUUUCAGGGAGGUCACUAGACAGCAGUGCAGAGAACACUGCUCAAGCACGACCAACUUUGUCUGUCGGUCAGCUGAUUGGGCAAACGGGAGGUGUGACCUCACUUCGGCAACUCUGAAGACUGUCCAUGCAAAUAACUACUUUAAAGGACAGGAUAAGGAACUCAAAACGCAUUUUGUUAGAGAAUGUGAAAUAUAACCUUGUUGCCAAUCUUCCGUGUUCUCUUUGAAUUACUAGUAUACCAAACCUGGCUCACCUGAACGAAUAGCACAUGC